UUCUAUAUAUGCAACCAAACCUCAAAUCUAAUCCUUGCUUUUAGCUAAAGCUUCCAAUCCUCACCAUUCACGUUUCUCUCUCUCUUUCUUCUCUGCUGCAUCUCAUUAAUUCUCAACCAGAACUCUGAAUCAACACACACACACACCCACAGACAGGUUCUGUUUCUUCAAUACCUUUGUGAAGGGUUGUUAGCACUUAGCAGAAGUUUUUGCUGAUCAUUAUUGCAUCUAGCAGCUUGUCAAGGCUUCAACUCAAGUAUUCCUCCAAACUGUUUUGCAACAGCUCUCUUCUUGAUCAACAAGUGAGGGAAACAAUUUUCGCAAUUAGAAGAUCGAGUAGUUGUAAUUCUGUUUCCUGUUCUUCGGCUGAGAAAAUAAUUCUCUCGUGAUGCAAACAUCUCAGAAAUACCCGAGUUCAGCUGGUGUCCAUUUCUAUCAGCAGCCUCUGCAAGGCAUUUACCAAAUAUCACAAAGCGAUCGAUGUGAUAGCAGCAGCCAGGGAACUAAUAUUUCUUUUGAAGCAUGCAAAGAGCAAUUCUUUACCCUGGAAUCAUGCCCAGAAAUCACUGGUUUCAUGAAUUGUGACUCCCCUUCAUAUGGCAGUGUAUCCUCUAACCGUAGUCCAUUAUCUCCACAAGAUUCUCAGUCAAGCCAUUCAGAUCACCACCGGUCACCUGAAAAUACCUAUGGAUCACCAAUAAGCAGCUUGUCCAGUGUUGAUGAUGGGAAUGAGUUGAAGCACAAACUUAGAGAACUGGAGAUUUCAUUGUUGGGACUUGAUGAAUCAGAUAUUGUUGACAGUUGUGACAACUGGGGUAGUAGCCUUCGCGGAGCACCACCACCAUCAGCCAAAUAUGAUUGGAAUCUCAUUGCAGAAAAUAUUCCAAAGCUUGACUUGAAACAAGUCCUCAUUCUAUGUGCACAAGCAGUGUCGGAUGAGGAUAUUCCAACAGCAAGAGGGUGGAUAGAUAAUAUAUUGGGGAAGAUGGUAUCAGUUGCUGGAGAUCCAUCUCAGAGAUUAGGUGCUUACUUGUUGGAGGGGCUUCGAGCAAGGUUGGAAUUGUCAGGGAGUCUGAUCUACAAAGCCUUGAAAUGUGAACAACCCACAGGCAAAGAACUAAUGAGUUACAUGCACAUCCUGUAUCAGAUUUGUCCAUAUUGGAAGUUUGCUUACAUAUCUGCAAAUGCUGCCAUUGCAGAAGCAAUGGCAAAUGAAUCCAGGAUUCAUAUAAUUGAUUUCCAGAUUGCGCAGGGCACACAGUGGCAUUUACUUAUACAAGCUCUUGCACACAGGCCUGGUGGACCUCCUUUCAUUCGGAUUACUGGUGUUGAUGAUUCCCAAUCUUUUCAUGCUCGGGGGGGAGGGCUCGAGAUUGUUGGAGAAAGGCUUUCAGAUUUCGCCAGGUCUUACGGGGUGCCAUUUGAGUUCCACAGUGCUGCUAUGUCUGGCUGUGAGGUUGAACGUGAAAAUCUCGGAGUUCGACCCGGGGAAGCACUCGCUGUGAACUUUCCUUAUGUUCUGCACCACAUGCCAGAUGAGAGUGUGAGCACGGAGAAUCAUAGAGACAGGUUGUUGAGAUUGGUUAAGAGCUUGUCUCCAAAGGUUGUUACCCUUGCUGAGCAAGAAUCCAACACCAACACUUCACCUUUCUUUAACAGGUUCAUGGAGACACUGGAGUACUACACAGCUAUGUUUGAAUCAAUAGAUGUGGCUUGCCCCAGAGAUGAUAAGAAGCGGAUCAGCGCAGAGCAGCACUGCGUGGCACGGGACAUUGUCAACAUGGUAGCCUGUGAGGGGGCUGAGAGGGUGGAAAGGCAUGAGCUUUUUGGGAAGUGGAAGUUAAGAUUUUCCAUGGCUGGAUUUAAACAAUGGCCGUUGAGUUCUUCAGUUAUGACUGCUACCCAGAAUCUUUUGAGGGACUUCAAUCAUAAUUAUAGGCUUGAACAGAGAGAUGGUGCUCUUUGCCUUGGUUGGAUGAAGAGAGCUCUGGUUACCUCUUCUGCUUGGAGGUGAAACUGAAUGUUUUGAGCUCUGGCCACUUUUUUUAUCUGUACCUUUAGCAUAAACAUGGUAUCCGCAGUUUGUCUCCAUAGGACUUGAGAUUUAGCUUUGUUCAGACAUGUACCAUUUUGUUUGUUGUACUGCAGCUAGCAGAAUCUCAAAACUUGCUGUAAAUGUCAAAUUCUGAAUGAAAGAAAAAAGAAAGCCUUUGUUAGCUUGAAUUAUAUUCUUGCUUCGUUGGCUUUGCUGUUAAUUUCA